AUGGCUGAUUCAACCGCUAAGCUUCUCAGCAUUACUUUCUUCCUUGUCCUUAUUUCUCAAGGCUAUGGUCAAUGCUACCUCAGAGAUCUCUCCCUACUCCAAACUCGGACAGGAAAUAUAGUUCAAGGAAAGCCAGAAUGGAUAGUGUCUAUCACCAACAAAUGCGCCUGCGUCCAAAGCGACGUAAUGUUAAACUGCCGCAGUUUUAAAACCGUCGAGAAAAUAGAUCCAUCAGUUUUGCAGGUCUUGGGUGAUGAGUGUCUUAUUAAUUAUGGUAACCCUAUCUACCAUGAUGCUUUCAACUUCACAUAUGCUUGGGAUCGGCCUACUUCAUUUUUUCCAAUUUCCUCACAGAUUAGUUGUUCUUAAGUAGGAUUUUGGCUAUGA